CUCUACCCCGCCCUCGCCGUUCACGCAUUCAGGAUGGGCUCCGAUCGAGAGUUGAUGGCCAAAUCUCCUCUACUCCGGCUUCCGCCUGAAGUGAUGGAACUCAUAGUGCGCGAGGUCGGCAGAUCGAAGGAUGUAGCAUCUAUCUGCCAAUGCUCUACCCAUCUAUACGAUGUUGGGAUCCGGACCCUCUACGAUAUGCCUCUGGCACACAACAUGAAGAGUAUGGUACGCUUGCUGAAGUCCAUCGUCAAGAAGCCUGAACUGGCGCUCUGCGUCAAGCAGUUUACUUUCGAUUGGGCAGUCAAAGAUGCAGCCCUGGUCAUCGGGGACAACGUCCUGGCCUCCUUCAUGAGGCUCGCAAUCCGAGCGACAGAAUGCAUGGACAACGUCUACGGGCUGUACAUGAAGAUGGUCCCCGACUUACCUGGGCUGCUCGGCCCUCGCGUUAUCGCAAACCUCACUCACUGCUCUCUCGCAAUCACGAGAACUGCCAUACCCUUCCUCAAAGCCAACGCUGCCAAUAUCGUCGACCUCGAGUUCGCCGACAACGAUGCAGUGCCCGAGCCAGAUCGGGUCCUGCCUGGCAAAAUUGCGUUUCCCCGCCUCGCUAACGCCGACGUUCCUGCCCACAUCGCGCAUCUGGUCUUCCCGGGAACGUCGGCCACUAGCGCCACCAUCUUGCUCGCGUACGACGAGGACGAACGCGCCGAGGAGCUCAAGAAUCUCGAAUGCCUCGCCGAGCUACCCCUCACCUCGAUGAAGGUCUCUGCAGCGCAUCUGCAUCCAGAGGUGAUGCCCGUACUUGCACGCUGCGCGCCCAGGCUGGGAUCGCUGGUCAUCGAGAGCAUCAUCACACAAACACCGAGAUCCCGCCAGCUCUUCUUUCGCGCGUGCGAAGAACAUAUCUCGGCCUUUGAGCGGUUGAGGGGGUUCGCGGUCUCUGUGCGCCCGGGGAUAUUCAACUUCGAAGCAGAGGUUCCGACCUUGAAAGACCUGGACAAGAUGUCGGACAUAGUCCAGCGACUAUCCGCGCGCUGCAGGACCUUGCAAUUCAUGAACAUGGGGUUCGACCUCUUCUGGUUCCCCACCGGCGAUGUCUGGAUGCCCCGCACGAUCAACGCGCUUGCUCCCGACAGCGAGCUCGUGAACGUCCUGUCGACGUGGAUGAUGAAUCGAGUGGCGAAGAAUCCAGCCUUGAUGCGCGCGAUGAUCUCGCAGGCAGUCCGCGACUAUCCUGCGCAGCUUCGCGAGCUGGAGCGGUCGCACGGCGUCAAAAUACGAGAUCCAGAAGUUUACGGGAACCAGUACUACGACUUCGAAGGGGAUGAAGAUGAGGAGGACGAGGGUGAGGGAGAUGAGGAGCAGGAUGGCGAGGAGUGGAUGACGGACGAAGAUAGUGGGUCGGAGGAAUGAGUGGGCGAUCAUCGUAUUAAUUCCGAUUCGUAAGACCUUGUCCGACUUGGAGACGGUACCGCAUCACGUGGUUCAUGUUAAACUUUUGCAGAGCUACCGGCGUGAAGCCAAUUCGUUUGCUCUUUCAUAUGAACAAAGCACCGUGUGUGAUCUCUCUGCCAAUCAUGGAG